AAACAAACGAGGGGAGGAAGGGAGCAUGAGAAUGGAAUUAAAAAAGCGAAUAUCCAAAUAUAUCCACACACAUGAUGAUGAUACACAGCCAAGCAUAUAAAACUGUUACUCGCAAAACAUAUGCCACGCGACUGGGCUUGCAUAUAAAUCUACAGCUGAUCCACUACAAUUCGGACAACACAAACUCACUCUCUUAUUCUUUCAACAAAAGAUGGCGACAAUUUCAAUGUCAUGCAUCUCUCUCCCUACUGCAAGACUUUCCACGAAUCGCCAACUCAAAAGAUAUAGUACGAGAAUGUCAAUUGCAAGUGGAAGUAAUGAAACCAAGUGUUUGGGUGUGCAGCUUACUGAAGGCUUAGGCACUUUGCCUAAGGUUGUUUUGACUUCUUCUCAUGGCAGUGAGGCGGAGCUGUACUUAUUCGGAGGUUGUGUUACAUCUUGGAAAGUUGCUGGCAAAGAUCUUCUAUUCGUUCGGCCAGAUGCUGUGUUCAAUGGACAAAAACCAAUCAGUGGAGGUUUGCCACAUUGUUUCCCACAAUUUGGACCUGGCGCAAUACAGCAGCAUGGAUUUGCAAGGAACGUCAACUGGUCGGUUCUUGAUUCUGAAAAUGUGGAAGGGAAUCCUAUGAUAACUUUGGAGUUGAAGGAUAACGAAUACAGUCGUGCUAUGUGGGAUUUCAGUUUCCAGGCACUGUACAAGAUUAUUCUCGAUGAGAAGAGCCUUUCGACAGAGUUAGUUAUUACAAAUAAUGACUCCAAAAAGUUUUCAUUCACUACUGCUCUGCACACUUACUUCAGUGCUUCUGUAGGAAGUGCCUCAGUGAAAGGUUUAAAAGGUUGCAAAACACUUAACAAAGACCCAGAUCCUAAAAAUCCAGUGGAGGGUAAAGAGGAAAGGGACACAGUGACCUUUCCUGGAUUUGUUGAUUGCGUUUACCUUGACGCGCCUAGUGAACUACAACUGGACAACGGUUUAGGCAAUACCAUAUCCAUUAGCAAUACAAAUUGGACAGACGCUGUGUUGUGGAAUCCACAUUUGACAAUGGAGGCAUGCUACAAAGACUUUGUUUGUGUUGAGAAUGCCAAGAUUGGACAAGUCCAGCUAGAGCCUGAGCAAUCGUGGACAGCUACUCAAAGUCUGAGUGUAAUCUGAAGUCCAGAUAAUCUGUGAAGUCAGUUGAGAUAAUUUUGUGCUUUUGUAUCCUCAUUUCAAAUUUUUUCCUUGAAGAGCUUUAUAUUCCAUAGUUGUCUUCUUCGAAGGUAAAAAUAAAUUAAUCAUGUGGAAUAUUUGAUCAAAGAGUUAUAUACAUGUUAUUUUGCA